CCAACGCUUGCCGACCUCGAGGCCGUGCACCGGGCUUGUAAGGCCUUACUCACCAUUGCAAAUGCUUAAGAUCAAAGAAGGCUUCACUAAAGAACCCGCUGUAAUCUUCUCGCACUAACCACACAGCGACACUGACAAGUAUAAAGCAGCCCCACCACUGCGAUGGUGCAGAAGGCUCCCUUGUUAAAUGACAAUUCAGCAAGAACACCAGCCUACAGCGCACACUUCGAGCAUCCCAACCAAAAGCUUUGCAGUACUUGUCGCAGUUCUAGCAAUCACCCUGGCGUGCUCCACAUCCGUCCGCAGCGCCCUCUCCUCCGUCCUCCCUAGGAACUUUACCACACCCGCCCGCAGCAUGGCUUCCGCGUCGGCCGCACCUAUGAAGAUCACCAAGCGUCCCUGGUCCCAACGUGGCCACGCCGACCACGACUGGCUCUACACCUACCACACCUUUUCCUUUGCCUCCUAUUACUCACCCGAUCCUCUCCACCAGUCCUUUGGCCCUCUGCGCGUCAUAAACGAGGACCGCGUCAAGCCCACCACUGGUUUCGGCGCGCACUCCCACGCCGAAUUUCUCAUCUUCUCCUACAUCGUCAAUGGAACUCUCGAGCACCGGGAUAGCAUGGGCAACCUCGAAAACCUGAAGCGCGGCGAGGUGCAGUUUACCAGCGCAGGAACCGGCAUUCGGCACUCGGAGUACAACCGCGAUAAGAACGACGAAGUCCACUUCCUGCAGAUCUGGGCGAAGCCGAACAAGUCGAGACUGGCGCCGCACUACGAGACAAAGAAGUUCACCGACGAGCAAAAGAAGGACAGACUGGUGCGCAUCAUGGAGGAUACCAGCCGGCUGGGCGAGAAGACGGAUACUUCGCCCAUCGGCUUGCAGGCAGAUCUUAGCAUGGAUGCGUCAAUUCUGUCGCCGGGCAAGAGUGUUACCCAUGAUAUCGUCGCCGAGGGCCCGCGCAAGAUCUUCCUGCAAAACAUCAUGCAUGGCCGGUCGCAGCCAAAGCAAGGCGGUGCGAAGAUCAAGGUUGGCGACGUGGUUCUGGGCGAGGGAGAUGGCGCAUACGUUGAGGGGCUGGCUGGCCCGGGCAAGGUCGAAGUGGAAAGCGUAGGUGAUAAGCCUGCAGAGUUCUUGUUGUUUGAUAUGGGUACCAAGGACGUGUAGAUGGAAUUUCCUAGCUGAUCACCUUGUAUAUAACGAAUUUCAUCCUGUUAGUCACAAACUUUGUUGCUUCGCCAUAUGCAUAUUGAUAUAGGUGCCGAGAAGCUGUCAGUUGAGGGGUUUAACCCGUACAGGCACGUUCUGGACUGUGCUUUCUACAAUGUGACAUUGCUACUGCCUACGC